AUGACGCGCCCUGAACACCCACGAGCGAGUUGCCCGUUUUGCGGCUACGAGGCUAACGAAUAUGGCGUACUUCUUUGUCAAAGAGAUAUAACUCACGCAUGGUUUCUUCAGCAUAUGGAACACGUGCACCCCGAGGGCGAGUCUCCCUCCGUCGUCAGGGAUAGCAACAACAGCAGCACAGUCUCUUCAGCCGCAAACGGUGGCUUUGCGCUGGACGACGCAGACGGCAUCCAGUACGCCGAGUGUCCCGUUGAUGGCUGCGGUGAGGUUGUUCGGGGUGACGAGAUGGACUACCACGUCGAGCUCCAUGCUCAAGAGGAAGGGCCCGAAGAUGGGAACGCCGUAUCUUUCAACCGGCCAAGCGGUGGAUCUCGCCCUUUAUCUAGCGCUGGAGCCCAAGCAACUGCCGCGAACCAGACUCGCAUGACACAGGACUUGCCGCAGGAACGGAGUCAGAACAAUGACCACAUGCCUCGGAGCCGACGUGAGCACCGCGAUAAUGGCAGCCGUCACCGUCAGCGGGCCGAGGAUGCUAAUAAUGAUCGCCACAGUGGCGGAGGCCACCGGCAAUCUUCCCUGUUGCAGUGGAUGGGCUUGAUUUCGCGUCCGUCGUCUGCCUUAUCACGCAGGCACCAGGAACGUGGCAAGAGCAAAGCGGGAAGCUCCAGUGGGCACAGCAGCAGCACGGCUACACCGGAGGCAGUCAACCACGCACCUGGGAUAGGAGUCUCCACACCACCAUCGAUGUCUCCAGCCCAAGUCCAGGAGAAAAAGCGACUUGGGAAGGCAGAAUUAGGAAAAUAUGCCCACGAACAAACCAUGCCCGCUUGGUUAGUUGCGCAUUUGCGCAAGGGAAAGGAGGUCAGAGCUGAAGGCGUACUGCCAGUGCUUGAACAACUGCUUGAGCAGAGUGCCACUACGAAGUAUGCGUAUUUAUGCCAUCCAGAAGUAGAGCACGUCUCAAAACUCAAGAGAGAAGGCGGGUUUUGUGGCUACCGAAACAUUCAAAUGAUGGUGUCUUACAUCAAUGCUGUUUCGUUUCCAGGUCAUCAACACUUUGACGGGCUUCCUUCGGUCUUUAGGAUACAGGAUCUAAUCGAAAAUGCUUGGGACAAGGGCAUCAACGCCCAAGGUCGGGUUGAGACGGGGGGCGUAAAGGGUACUCGCAAGUAUAUCGGCACCCCUGAAGCUCAGGCUGUCUUGUGCAGUCUCGAGAUUCCUUGCGAGGCUCAAGGUUUCAAGAAUCGAGAGCCCGGCAGGUCGGAAGCACGCCUGAUGCAGGAAGUUGAACGUUACUUCCAGUCUGGCGACUUUAAUCCAGAAUACAAAGUUCGACGCACAAAACUGCCGCCAAUUUACUUUCAACAUGCCGGGCACUCCAUGACGAUUGUCGGUUUCGAGAAGCUCAAGGGCGGUCUCACCAAUCUUCUUGUUUUCGACCCCAUGUUCCGCGACUCCAGUGCCAUCCUUAAGCUGGUAGGGCGCCAGUUUGAGUACAAGUUCCCCGAUCUGGCUCUGAAGCCAUACCGACGUGGGAACAAGUACCUGAAGAAAUAUCGCGAGUUUGAGCUCCUAAAACUAAAACCACCGCAGCCCGCAUAG